AUGGAGCAGCCAGAGGUCACCCAGAAUUGCGGGGCAUGGUUCAUCUGUAGAGACUCUGAGGCACGAACUUUGAUAGCUCUAGCUCAACCACUGGGAAUUACGACAACAUUAACUGCAGUAUCUUGGGCUAUGUUAUUGGCCUCAAGAUUAGCAACAGAAAGACAAUGGCCAAGAGUUCUCUUUGAAACCGAUUCCGAGAACCUUCCGCGGUUCAUCACCUCCUCUACUCCCCCACCUUGGCACAUAGAAGGAAUGACUGAAGAAAUAAAAAGUAGACUUCGACAGAUCCCGCAAGCUGCUAUUCAACACAAUUACAAGGAAGGAAAUCAAGCAGCCGACGGAAUGGCCAAUCAUGCAGCAGAUGAUAGCCAAACAGAAAAUUCAUCAACCAAAAUAUGGGACCUAACAAUCCCAUCUUUUAUUAAUCACAUUUUAUUUCAGGACUAUGUGAAUACCACAUACCCGCGAUAA